GUCACUGCAGGAGCAAGUGCAGCGGCCACAUCCUCGUCCUAGUCCGGCCACGGGACACUGAGUGCAACCUCUUGGCCAGCGGUGAGGGACGCGCCUCCCUGCCUGCCAGGGCCGCGCCUACAACACUCCGUUGGCAGUUGUCCCAGGGAGAUCAGCAGUCCCAGAUCCGGAGAGACCGUUGGGGCCUGUGAGACCUUCGGAGGCCACGCCAAGAAAGGGGAAGCAUCAUCUUUAGACCCUCCUUGGUGCAGCCUUGCCCAGGACCCGGGAGCCACGAGUCAGGGGGCAAACACCGCCUUCUGCUUCUCCAGCACGCGUAAGUCCCUGGGAAUCUUCGAGCCCACUCAGAGGGAGCCACAGAAGCCCCGACGUUGCACAGCCCUGCAGGCAGGGGCUGGGGGCAUCCUUCACUGAGCUGGACGAAGGGGUCCUGGGAGCGGCCUCCGGCCCCUGAGGCCUCACUCUCUCGUAGCCUUUGGGAAGGAAUCGCGGCAUCCUGGAUAAUUUCGUGGAUUCCCGAGGCAGCUCAGGUGUCCACCAGCGGGCAUACUGCUGCCUCAAAGAGUUGGGCAAGAUGCUGUUCGGGGUGAAGGACAUUGCACUGUUGGAGCACGGGUGCAAGGCCCUGGAGGUGGACAGUUACAAGUCCCUGAUGAUCCUGGGGAUCCCAGAGGACUGCAACCACGAGGAAUUCGAAGAGAUUAUUCGGCUGCCCCUCAAACCUCUAGGCAAGUUCGAAGUGGCUGGGAAGGCCUAUCUGGAAGAAGAUAAAUCCAAGGCGGCCAUCAUUCAGCUGACGGAGGACAUCAAUUACGCCGUGGUCCCCAGGGAGAUCAAGGGCAAGGGCGGUGUGUGGAGAGUGGUCUACAUGCCCCGGAAGCAGGACAUUGAAUUCCUGACCAAGCUGAACCUCUUUCUGCAGAGCGAGGGCAGGACGGUGGAGGAUAUGGCCCGGGUCCUGAGGCAGGAACUGUGUCCCCCAGCCACGGGCCCCAGAGAGCUGCCUGCAAGAAAGUGCUCUGUGCCUGGGCUGGGGGAGAAACCGGAGGCUGGGGCCACCGUCCAGAUGGACGUGGUGCCACCUCUGGACUCCUCCGAGAAGGAGAGCAAGGCUGGAGUUGGCAAGAGGGGCAAAAGGAAGAACAAGAAAAACCGCCGGCGGCAUCACGCCUCAGACAAGAAGCUGUGAGGUGGUGGCAUCGGGUGGGCGUGGGGAGUGUCUGAGGGGGUGUGGGUGAUGACUGUGGGAGGGUAGGUACCACCUCACUACGUUUAAGGAGUGCGAGUGAGUGUGGGUAAUGCAAGGGAGGGUGGGAAUGACUCUAGUGAGGGGGUAACUUUGGAGUAAGAAUGGGUAUCAUUUGGAUAGCACAGGUAACAUCUGACUAGUGCGAAAGAGGUGGAUAUCUUUAUCUGAGUUAACUAACUUGUGGGUUACAUCUGAGUGGGUGUGGUUAACGUCUGGGUGCCCGUGGCUCAUUUAUUCAUCCUACAGAUAUUUAUUGCAUACCUACUAUGUUCCAGGUACUGUUCCAGGAGCUGGGGAUAUGGAAGGGAGUAAACUCAAUAAAAAUCCCUGCCUUCAUGGCACUCAGAGUAAGUGGGUAAUAUUUGAAUUACUUGGAGACAUCAGAGUGAGCGUAGGUAGCAUUUGAGUACAUGUGGGUAACAGCUGAAUGAUCAUAAAAUCUGGUUGAGUGUGGAUUGCUCAUUCAUCCAUGUAUCCAUGCAACCAACAAAAUUUCCUGAGGACCUACAGUGUGCCAGGCACUGGGGAUACAGAAGGGGAAUAAACAGACCAAAACCUUGCCCGUGACUCUCAUAGUAGCUAUUUGAGUAGGUGCGGGUAACAUUUGGGUUACUUGAAUACACGUUAGUGAGUGUGGGUAGCAUUAGAGUGUGUGGGUGGCAUCCGCGUAUAAUUGAAAGUAGUUGUGGGUAAUAUUUGAGAGUGUGCGGGUUAACACCUGAAUAUGUGUAUGGGUAUCAUCUGAGUAGAUGAGAGUAAUUUCUAAGCAAGGAAGGGUCUCAAAGACCCACAAAUAUCUUCCGCCACCCGGGAGACCCCGCGGGACCAGCCGCGCAGGCGCAGUCAGAGCCAGAACCUAGCAGCGCGUCCGACCGUUGCUAUGGAGACCACAGGCUGCCCCCAGGCGCCUGCGCCCUUUGCAGAAAAUGGAGGAGGUGGAAACGGUCCUGGAUUCCAAGGUUUUGCAGAUCUCUUACUGGAGUUGAAGAAAACUCACGCAGAUCCAGGAGGAACGUGUCAGGGAGAUCCUUACUCGGGAGAAGGGCCGCCAUCCUCCUUCGGCUGUCACCGUGGAUUUUCUGGACCAAAGUGUAUCCUGGGACUCCAAAGCAAGUUGUCAUGCAAAACUGUCACCAUUUGAAGCUACUUAGCUGAGUGAAAACAUCACUGGCAGGGCAAAUCCCAAGCAAAAAUUCACAAGUAAAUUGAAUGUGCCAGCUAUUGGAGGGCUGCGUCUGGCUUCUGUAAACCCCUGAUUUCAAAAGGGGGUUCAGCUAAAACUCUUCAUUGUUCUUUGUGAUUGAGAUGCUCUUUUGUACAAAUAUGAACUCAUAAAAUAAAUGUAUGCUAAUGAAA